AAAGAAAGAAAAUGACAAUUUAUGUACUUUGAGACUAGUGUGAAUUACAAUUAUGAUAUUUUCUUGGAUUUUAGAGAAAGCACACGUUGUAAGCAACCUAAAUGUGUUUUAUCAUCUCUCUUUCUGGAGUGUUGUCGAAUAAAAAAUUAGAACACCUAGUUAUUUAUUAAUUUAUUAUUAACGUAUUUACUUAAAGCGGUAGCCACACUCUCCUGGAAUCUUGGGAGUUCAUCGAAUGAAAUCUUGAAUUUUAUUUAGAGAACUCUAAUCUUGGGAAUGGAAAUUAUAUCCUGCCAUUCUGCGCUCUGCUUUCAUGUGGUAAAUUUUGGUUAUAGAGAUGACAUAAAUUUGUGUCGUUCCAAGCUUCCCAUUGUAAAAGGAAAAUUGCCAUUCCACGUUGUGGUUCGACCUGGUUGUGGAUCUUCAAGAUAUUGUCAUGCCAAUAUUUUAAGGUUAAAGAGAUUAAACAGGUGUCAACCUUCUAGAACUGUGUGUUCACUAAGCAGCGAUGAAAAUGUUAAUUCAAUCUUCUUAAGUGAAAGCUAUAACUCUCACGUACUCGAUGGGGAAGAAGAUGUGAUUAGUGUGAUUGGUCGUGGCAAGUCAGUACCUAAGGUCUUGAUUCCUGGUUUGCCAGAUGAUUCAAAUGGAGAUUCUGUAGCUCCCGUUAGCAGUUGUUAUUGGGAGUGGAAGCCUAAACUAAAUGUCCAUUAUGAGAAAUCGGGAUCUGAAAAUCUAGAUUCCCCACCAGUGCUUUUCCUUCCUGGAUUUGGCGUGGGCUCCUUUCAUUAUGAAAAGCAGCUAAAGGAUCUUGGACGCGAUUAUAGAGCAUGGGCGCUUGAUUUUCUGGGUCAGGGCAUGUCCUUGCCAUCUGAAGAUCCAACUUUGCGGCGUAAAGAUGGAAACAAAUCUAUAUUAGAUGGAGAAAAUCAUGUUUGGGGUUUUGGAGAUGAAAGUGAAACUUGGGCAGAAGAACUUGUUUAUUCAGUUGACUUGUGGAGGGACCAAGUGCGCUAUUUUGUAGAAGAGGUCAUUAAGGAACCAGUUUAUCUUGUGGGAAAUUCGCUUGGAGGAUUUGUCGCACUCUAUUUUGCAGCUUACCACCCUCAAUUGGUGAAGGGUGUAACCUUACUCAACUCCACGCCUUUCUGGGGGUUUCUCCCUAAUCCUGCAAGAUCUCCAAGAUUAUCGAGACUAUUUCCAUGGGCCGGAACAUUUCCUCUUCCUUCCAGUGUUAGAAAGUUAAUAGAAGUUCUAUGGCAGAAAGUUAGUGAUCCAAGAAGUAUCGAGGAAAUUCUUAGGCAAGUUUAUGCAGAUCAUUCAACCAAGGUCGAUAAGGUGUUUUCUCGUAUAAUCGAGACAGCACAACAUCCAGCGGCUGCAGCAUCUUUUGCCUCUAUCAUGUUUGCUCCUCAAGGCCAAUUAUCCUUCAAGGAAGCGUUAUCUAGGUGUCAGAUGAAUGAUAUACCCAUUUGUCUCGUGUAUGGGAAGGAAGAUCCUUGGGUGACUCCUAUCUGGGGUUUUCAGGUAAAAUCUCAACUCCAGGAAGCUCCAUAUUAUGAGAUUAGCCCAGCCGGUCACUGCCCACAUGAUGAAGUUCCAGAGGUUGUGAAUUUUCUACUGCGUGGUUGGAUCAGAAACCUUGAGUCGAACAAUUCCGUAGCAUUACCUCUGCUUGAUAACCCGGAUGAUGUCAAUUAUGAUGUUGUCGCAGACUUGGAAUUUAAAAGAGAAAGGUCUAGAAAAUCAGUAAGAGUACAAUUCCAUGGCUCCAGGUUCUCUUUGUGGAGUUGGUUGAGCUCUCGUUUCAAACCACUACUUGAAAGGGGACUAAUCAACUCAAUCAAAUGACCUUCUGUGCUAUUGUUCAUAAGAUCAUAUGGAUUCUGUAAUAUUUUGUACAUUCAUGAUUAUUAUGUGUAUGGUUACCAAUAGUAAUUUGUCUCUCGUUCUACUAGAUAGAAUUUCUUGAGGUCAGUUUAGAUACGCAUUGUAUCUAACGAUAGAAUACACUUGAAUAUAUAUUUAUAAAGGCGAGUAAGUUUAUAUCU